AUGAAGAAGAAAGAAAAGGGUAAAAGGCAAGAGGAUAAUGAAAAGAUGUAUCUGGUUUAUUCUUUCUAUUUUACUUUUCUUUUUCACUUUUUUUCUUUUAAAUCUCUGGUUUCUUUUUGUCUUUUCUGUCCAUUCCUAUCUUUCUUCCUUUUUUUUGUUUUUCUUCUAAGUUUCUAUUUCUUUCUUUCUUUUCUGUUUGUUCCUAUUUUUUUUCUUUCUCAGUAUCUGGUUCAUUUUUCUUCUUUUUUUUCAUUGCUCCUUUUUUCUUUCUUUUUUUUUUCUUCAUCCUCUUUCAUUUGCUUUACUUUUAAAUGGUUAUUUAGUUCUUCUUUUUAUUCAUUUUUUAUUCUUAACACCAGACAUGUCACUUAUUCUUUUGUCUUUCUUUCAUUCACACUUUUUCCUCUUUCUUUCAUUCACACUUUUUCCUCUUUCUUUCAUUCUCGCUCUUUUCCUCUUUCUUUCAUUCUCGCUCUUUUUCUCUUUCUUUCAUUCUCGCUCUUUUCCUCUUUCUUUCAUUCUCGCUCUUUUCCUCUUUCUUUCAUUCUCGCUCUUUUUCUCUUUCUUUCAUUCUCGCUCUUUUUCUCUUUCUUUCAUUCUCGCUCUUUUUCUCUUUCUUUCAUUCUCGCUCUUUUUCUCUUUCUUUCAUUCUCGCUCUUUUCCUCUUUCUUUCAUUCUCGCUCUUUUUCUCUUUCUUUCAUUCUCGCUCUUUUUCUCUUUCUUUCAUUCUCGCUCUUUUUCUCUUUCUUUCAUUCUCGCUCUUUUUCUCCUUCUCUCAUUCUUACUCCUUCUCUUUUUUCUUUAAACAUGAUUAACUAA